CCAGCAACCACCGGCAACGGCAACGGCAACGAUCUUAUAGCCUCUUUCUUUUUCAUCAAAGGUUCCUAACGUUCUCCAUCAUCAACACCCACCGAAAGAGCCUCGCCAACAAAGUCAUAAUCAUUCGAGAUGGGGCUGCAGGAGAUCUCAUUUGCAGAUGAUCAGUCGCUUCAGGAAAUUGCAGACAUUCUAUCAGGGUCACACAAGAUUCUGCUCGUCACCGGCGCGGGUAUCAGCACAAGCUGUGGCAUCCCAGAUUUCCGAUCCAAAGACGGCCUCUACAAUAUCAUACCAGACCAGUCGAUCCUGCCGCCCACACCGCCUCACUCGGAACCUUCAACACCAACACUCAAUCGCGUUGCCUCCAUGGGAGAGGCAAACGACUUCUCAGCCUCGUCACAAUCCUCCACGGCAUCGACAUCAUCUCGACGCGUCUCAGUAAGCCCGUCUUCCAGGCUCAGAGGGCAGGACCUGUUCCACUCCCGCGUGUUCCAUAAUGCAACCUCCACGACCAUCUUCUACCAAUUCAUCGCGUCACUAAGAGAGAAAAUCAAGAAUGAAGUGCAGGCCACAAGCUCUGUACACAAAUUUGUGCGGGUUCUUCGAGAUGGUGGCAGAUUAAUGCGAUGUUACACGCAAAAUAUUGAUGGCUUAGAGGCGCGGGAGGGUUUGGUGGUGGACCUGACGCGUGGCAAGGGCAAUAAGAGGCGGUUCAUGAAGAAGCAUUAUGAAAGCCCUCGGCCGAGUUACGCGCGAGGAACUGAUUUCGACGGGGGUUGUGAAGUGGUCCAGCUUCAUGGCGACUUGGACCGGUUGCGUUGUACAGUUUGCGCUGCCCAGUUUGAGUGGACGGAAGAAGAGACGGAAAUAUAUCUAGAGGGUGCAGCACCGAGUUGCCAGAAGUGCAAGACCAAAAGUGAUGCACGGCAAGCAAGUGGCAAGCGAGGUCUGACGACAGGGUCGUUGCGGCCGAACAUUGUGCUCUACGGCGAGGAGCAUCCUUCGAACUCUUUGUUGACACCACUGAUCCCCUUCGAUGCGAGUUGCCAGCCUGAAGUGAUGGUGAUUAUGGGGACAUCGUUGAAAGUGUUUGGUCUGCAAAAGAUGGUUCGAGAGUUUGCCAAAGCGAUUCAUGGUCAGAAGAAGGGCAAAGGACGUGUGAUAUUUGUCAAUCGGACGAGACCUGCGGAGAGCGUUUGGGAUGGCAUCAUCGAUGAUUUUGUGGCGAUGGAUUGUGACGAUUGGGUGGAGGACCUCAAGCGACGACGACCUGAUCUGUGGCUGCGCCAGGGGCAUCUUGCUCUGACUGUGACCAAGUCUUCACAGGUGAAAAGGAAGCGAAAGGCCAGCAAUGACGAGAAUUCUGAGAACCAACCUCCGAAAAGGGUCAAAAUCACGGUCGAGAUCGAGAGUAUGGCACCUAGAGCCCAUACACCGAGUACGCCUUCAAGAAAGAUAUUGGUCCCACGGCCACAGCGGUCACCAUUUCAAGUGGCACGACCUCCAUUCUCACCUUUGACGAGUCCGGUGAGGCCGCCGAUAUCACCCUUGACCAGUCCCGUGAGACCUCCAAUGUCACCAUUGACCAGCCCUGUCAAGCCAGACGACCUAAGACAAAGUCCAGGAAGUGGACGAGGGAAAUGGUCGCCCUGGGAUGGGUCGGCGCCGGGAAGCAAGUUGCGAGUGGAGAUAUUCCGUCAAGACAACAACGGAAAAGAAAUGGAACGACACCAGACGCCGUCGGCGGUAUCGACAGUGGCUCCCCAGCGACGACCUGAUAAAUCUUGGGUCUCUGGUAAUAUCCUGUCCGGGGUGAAGGAAGCAGCGAGAAUGGCCAACAUAGGAUCACGUCUGAGGGCGAUUGGCGGAUGGCAGUCAGCCCUCAACCAGUCGCCUCAGCCAACAAUGUUGAGCGAAGAGGAUUUUGAGGGUGAAACGAUCGAGGUGGACACCCCGUCACGGGGUCCUCGUGGCAGGAAAAUUGAUGUAUUUGGUGAAGCUCAAUAGAUGGGCAACGAAUGAUAUGAUUCAUGAAUAUUGGGAAACAAGAAGCAUGUGUUUCUAAAUUUGGAUUGGUAGAGAUGUGUCAGAAGUCAGUCAGCUGUACAUGAAAACCCUCGAUAUUUGUUUGUCA